AGGGUUUGGGCUGCACAUGGUGACUCUCAGUGAGGGUUCGGUCUGAUGAGGCUAGCCGGGGCUGUGAGUGUGAGAGUGAGCGAGAGAGAUACAGACAUUUACAAAGGGAGCUGUCCAUUAGCCGGCAACAGAGUCUCUCCCCGGGCGCACACACACACACACACACAGCACUCGCAGCCGGGUCACUGGCUCGCCACUAACUUUUGGUCCAAGCCUCCUGGAGUUUGGUCGUAACUCGAUAUGGCAAAGCGCAGCUCCUUGUUCCUGCGGAUCAUUGAAGGGAAGAAAUUACCAGCCAAAGACCUAACAGGAAGCAGUGAUCCAUACUGCAUCGUAAGAAUCGAUAACGAGACAAUUAUCAGAACUGCAACAAUAUGGAAGACACUGUCUCCGUUCUGGGGAGAAGAGUACAAUGUCCAUCUUCCCAGUACCUUUCACUCCAUUUCCUUUUACGUGAUGGAUGAGGACGCAAUCAGCCGUGAUGAUGUCAUUGGGAAAGUUACUAUAGCUAAGGACAUUCUUACUGCUAACCCAAAAGGUGUGGACAGCUGGAUGUGCCUGAGUGAAAUUGACCCGGAUGAGGAGGUCCAGGGGGAGAUCCAUCUUCAGAUCGAGAUCUGUGGUGACAGCUCAACACGAAAGUUGCGUUGCCAUGUGUUUGAAGCAAGAGACCUGGCUCGAAAAGAUCUCAACGGAGCUUCAGAUCCCUUUGUUAGAGUGCAGUACAAUGGGAAAACCCAAGAAAGCUCUGUUGUGAAAAAGUCCUGUUACCCCCGCUGGAAUGAGGUGUUUGAAUUUGUCCUGGAUGACACAGGAUCGGAGAACACAUUACACGUGGAGGUGUGGGACUGGGACCUAGUCAGCAAAAAUGAUUUCCUGGGAAAGGUGGCAUUCAACAUUAACAAGCUCCUGACGAUUCAACAGAAAGAAGGCUGGUUCAUGCUGCUCCCUGAUAAGGCACGAAGGAGUGAGACUGAGGGAAACCUAGGGUCACUGAGGCUGCAGCUGCGAUUACGAGAUGAGAGUGUUCUUCCUUCUAGUUACUACCAGCCUCUCACUGAAUUACUCCUCCAGUCAGUCAAAACAACCAACAACGGUGGAAAGGGGAACCUGCUGGCACUGAUCGAUGAGGUCACCACCGCUGAAAGCAGACAAGAGGUCGCAACCAAUCUGGUUAAGCUGUUCCUGGGGCAAGGGCUGGCGAAAGAGUUCUUAGAUUUUGUGAUCAAAUUGGAACUGGACAGAACAAGUGAACCAAAUACUUUAUUCCGUAAUAACUCGUUGGCUUCCAAAUCCAUGGAGUGUUUUUUAAAGGUGGCUGGUAUGCAAUAUUUGCACAAUACCCUUGGACCAACCAUAAACCGAGUGUUUGAAGAGAAAAAGUAUGUGGAGCUGGACCCAAAUAAAGUGGAAUUCAGGGAAGCAGGUUGUUCAGGGCUCCAUCGAUAUCAGACUGAGGCGGAUAUCAUUCAGCAGAGUGCACAGUGUCUGCAGUCCUACCUGACUGAGCUGGUUGAAGCCAUUGUGAGCUCAGUGGAACAGUGUCCUUCUAUGAUCAGAGCCACCUUCAGGCAGCUCUUUAAAAGUGUGGAGGAGAGAUUCCCUCAGGAUCUCUACAAGAACAUCAAGUACAUCGCAGUCACCAGUUUCCUGUGUUUACGCUUCUUCUCACCGGCCAUCAUGUCUCCCAAACUCUUCUAUCUAUGCCCUAAACACGCAGAUGCACGGACCAGCAGGACGUUGCUGCUUCUGGCCAAGGCAAUCCAAAGUAUUGGCAACAUGGAUACCAAUGUAGCCCGGGGGAAGGAAAUCUGGAUGGCACCAUUGCAGCCCCUUAUACUCCAAGGAGUCACUCUCUUUAGAGAUUUCAUCUUCAAGCUAAUUGACAUUGAGGAGGAUGAAGAGCUGGAAUCCCAGAAACGAGUGACACUGCAAACAACAUCCACCAUAAAAGAAGGAUACUUAUUAAUGCACAGAGCCAAGGAACGGGGGAUUCUAACAUCAUCACAUUUCAAAAAGCAUUAUUUUUGCUUAAAUUGUGAGGCACUAUGUCAUUCCAAAAUGUCUAAUGCAAAGAAAAGUGCAUGCAUCCCACUGUCCAAGAUCAGAGCAAUAGAGAAAGUGGACGAGAAGUGUUUUGGAAGCCCAUAUGUCAUGCAGAUUAUUUCAACUGAUGGCAGAGGACAAUUUGAAAUAAUGUAUUUACAGUGCAAGAAUGUGAAUGAACUAAAUCAGUGGCAGUCAUCAUUGAGGAAAUACAGUGUUAGCAAUGAGCAAAUGCUGAACUCCUACCAUCCAGGCGUGUUUAAAGGGGAGAAGUGGAGCUGCUGCCACCAAAAGGAAAAAGCAGCUCCGGGAUGUGACAAAACCCACUUUGGUGUGACACUCCAAGAGUGGAACGACCCACUUAAUCCUGAUCUAGAAUCCCACCUGAUUUACAGGCAGUUGCUCGCAGCCAGGGAUUCACUAACAGAAAAGUACUUGGAAUACAAAGAGAAGAGCAAUAUCACAGCCCCAGUGAGUGUAGAUGAAGGGAUCGAUAAGAUGGACAUUCCAAACCAACUCUUCCAAAUCAUCCAGGAUCUGGAAAGGGCUCAUCGGAACUUUGAAUAUUGGGAAACAUCAAAGGACAAAAACUUCUCUCUGGAUCUGCUCACAUAACUUCAUGAGAAAGAGUGAAUGUAUUUCAGCUGGAUGUUUCAAUUUCAAAAUCUAUUUUUUAUUACUAAAUUACAUUAGUAACGACAUCUUCUUGCAACCCUCUUUGGCCCAGACUUUCCUAUUUGUUUUGGAUGAUGCAAAACAUAGUCCGUGGCAAAAAAAUAUGUAAAUGUGUAUUUCCUGUAACUAGUCUUUUGCAUUGUUUGUAAAUGUAUUUAUGUCUCAUUA